CUGACAAGAUCAUGAAGGCUUCCAUGAUGAUUUUCCUUCACCUCUUACUCAUGGUUAUCUGUUGUCCGACUGCCUUUGCAGCAGGAGCUGCCGUCCUUCCCUCAUCUUGUUGUGUGAACUACAUACAGAAGGCGAUCCCCGCAAGCAUAGUGAGCAGCUACCAAGUAACCAACCGGAGUGCCUGUUCCAUGCCUGGAGUGAUCUUUACCAUCAGAGGAAACCGACAAGUCUGUGCUGAUCCCACAAAGCAGUGGGUCAAGGAUCGAAUGAAGAUAAUAGAUGCUAAGAAAGCCAAGCUGUCCCUGGGGUUUGUGCCAAAGGCCUUGAAAAAAACCCUCAGGAAGCCAUCUUCCAACAGCACCACCUUGAAUCACUAAGAUGGGGGUGGCUUCUACCAGCCAGUUGCCUGGGGGUUGGAAUGGGUGGUGGAGAAGGUGGUCUUUCUUCCUUCUCUCUCAGCUGGACCAUCAUCAGGGUGUACUUUGUACAUCCCAGGCUCUCGGAGUCCCAUUUACUGCCCAUGUGACCCUGAGCAAGUCCUUUUUGCUCUCUAGGUGACGUCCCCUCCUCCUCCUCCUCUGUAAAAUCAAUGGAAUCACAGCUUUAGGGUUAGAAGCACCUUGGAGGCCACUGAGUACAUCCUCCCUCCCCUUCAUUUUAUAAAGAAGGAAACAAGAGGCCCAGAGACUCAGCCAAGGUCAUAGAAUGGGCAGAGCCGGGAUUCAGACCAGGGCCUCUGCUGCCAGUGAUGGCCUGAUUGGUUGACUCUAGGCCCUUUUCCAGUGCUAAUGUCCUAUGCUCGUUACCAAAUGAGAUGAUGUACAUAAACUGCUUUUUCUACUUUGCCAAG